AUUACUUGAUAGUAGACAUCAUUAUGAUGAAAUAUGUACUCUUAAAGGAUAUAGUGUUCGAGAAUUAGAAGAUAUACUAAAAAAUGAACCUGAGAGUAAGAAAGUUGAAACAAUGCAAAAAAAAGAUAUAAAUAGGAAAGACAAUAAUGUUAUAUCAGUAAAUGAUGAAGAAAGCCUAAAGA